AUGACACAGAGUAACAAUGUCACAGAAUUUGUCCUCCUGGGCUUUACUCAGGAUCCCAAUGGGCAAAAAGCAUUAUUUGUUGUGUUUUUACUCAUCUACAUUGUGACAAUGGUGAGCAAUCUGCUUAUUGUGGUGACUGUUCUUGCUAGUCCCUCCUUGGGAUCUGCUAUGCAUUUUUUCCUUGCUUACCUAUCACUCAUGGACGCUGCUUAUUCUACUGCCAUUUCACCCAAGUUGAUAACAGACUUACUAUCUAAGAAAAAGACUAUAUCCUUUUCAGCUUGCCUGGGCCAGCUCUUUGUUGGGCAUUUAGUUGGUGGUGUUGAGGUGUUCCUUCUGGUGGUGAUGGCCUAUGACCGCUAUGUGGCCAUCUGUAAGCCACUGCACUAUCUGACCAUCAUGAAUCGAAGGGUUUGCAUCCUCCUUGUGGUGAUGGCCUGUAGUGGAGGUUUUAUUCACUCUGUGGUUCAACUCAUAUAUGUGUCUCAUCUCCCUUUCUGUGGCCCCAAUAUCAUUGACCAUUUCAUCUGUGACAUGUACCCAUUAUUGGAACUUGCAUGCACUGACACCUACUUUAUAGGCCUCACUGUGGUUGCAAAUACUGGUGCAAUAUGUAUGGUGGUCUUUAUCCUUCUCCUAAUAUCAUAUGGAAUUAUCUUAAACUCUCUUAAAACUCACAGUCAGGAAGGGAGGCGCAAAGCCCUGUCAACUUGUAGUUCCCAUAUCACAGUGGUUGUCCUCUUUUUUGUUCCUUGUAUUUUCAUGUAUGUUAGACCUGUUUUCAACCUUCCCAUUGAUAAAUCAGUGACUGUUUUUUGUACAGUUAUUACUCCCAUGUUGAAUCCUUUGAUAUACACCUUGAGAAAUUCAGAGAUUAAAAAUUCUAUGGAAAAACUAUUCUGUGAAAAGACUAGAGAUUGA